AAUCCAAUAACUAACUCCACACGAUCAUCUCUGCAGUCCCGUUAGAUAGAAAUCUUAAAGAGUUUUCAAUAAUGGCCGCUGGAGAGCUCGCUUGUACUUACGCUACCUUGAUCCUCCAUGAUGAUGGAAUCCCCGUCACUUCGGAGAAGAUUGCUACAUUGGUGAAGGCAGCCAACGUGGCCGUAGAGUCAUACUGGCCAAGCUUGUUUGCCAAAUUGGCAGAAAAGAAGAACAUUGAUGAUCUUGUAAUGAAUGUUGGUUCUGGUGGUGGCGCUGCUCCUGUAGCCGUCUCUGCUCCCGCUGCUGGUGCCGGUGCCGCCGCCGCCGCUCCUGCUGUUGAGGAGAAGAAGGAGGAGCCGAAGGAAGAGAGUGACGAUGACAUGGGAUUCAGCUUGUUCGAUUAGGUGCUUUCAUCAUUCUUUUUUCGGUUAGGCGGAAGUUAGAUUUAAUUUAUCUUGCGUUUUGAGACUAAUUCUUCAAGCGGUUGUAUUUUGGAUGGAAUUAAUUUUUGAGUAAUCUGAGAUAAUUUACAGUCUUUUGGCAUUCA